AUUUUUGCAGACUUGGUGAAAUACGCGGGAAAUUUUUAAACUCCUGCGUUACGUGUUGCGCACGUCUGAUGGACGGUCAGAAUGGUUGUCCUAUCGCCAUGAUUGAUGCUAGCAGCUUGACCUGCUGGCAGGAUGUGCCAGCCACAAAUCGGAAAUGUCGACUAAUUGACGACAAAUUGCACGAAUAUUCGCCCUUCCCUUUCCGAGAAGACCUGAAUCGGAAAAUUAAUCUAUGGGACGGGGAUUUGACCACUUUAAAGGUACAUGCUAUCGUUAAUCCAACGAACGAAUUGCUCAACGAUGACAACCCCAUCAGUCGCCGGAUCCUCGUCAAGGCUGGACCUGGCCUUAAAGAAGCCUUAAUUUCGAAUGUUCGAUCGUGCAAAACCGGAGAUGCGAAGAUGACAGAAGGAUUCAGCUUGCCGUGUCGAUUCAUAAUUCACACGGUGGGCCCGAGAUACAAUGCCAAGUACCAGACUGCAGCGGAAUUUGCACUGCACUCUGCGUACCGACGGGUACUUCAGAUCGCUCGCGAACAUCGUCUGCCUUCCUUGGCCAUCCCUAUCAUAAAUUCGGUCAAACGCGGGUAUCCUCCGGACCAAGGAGCGCACAUAGCUAUUCGUACAGUGAGACGGUUCUUGGAGCAUUUUGGAGACUCGUUCGAAUCUGUGGUGUUGUGCGUGAGCGAAACUGACUUGGGUAUCUACGGGCUGUUGAUGCCGCUGUACUUUCCGCGGAACCGACACGAAGAGCAGUACGCUUGCUUUCAUUUGCCUGUCGAUGUCGGCGACGAGUUCGGGGAGCCGAUAAUCCACGAUCGCAGAAUCCGGAUUAUCGAUAAUCCUCAGCACGCGUUGGAGGAAUCCGUUGAUCUCUCUGAACAGCUGCAGACUUCGGUUAGCAUCGGGGAACAUGACUUUUGCAAGAUGCAUUUGGACCGGGACAAGCAGCGGCUUCUGGGACAAUCGCGAUCUUCUGGAGAUCCGUUUUCGGAGGCUGUCAGUGAAGAGCUGUAUCGGGUUGAAAGAUACGAGAGAUUGCUGAGACGGGCAAAAUCGGAAGACUUGAGCGAAAUCUCUGGGAUCGGGUGCCUUUAUCAAAGCGGGGUGGAUAAACUGGGAAGGCCAGUGAUUGUUUUUGUUGGCCGCUGGUUCGACUUGCGCAAGGUGGACUUGGAAAAAGCCACGUUGUACUUGAUUCAUUUGCUGGACACGGUUACCAACGGCGACUACGUUGUUUCUUAUUUCCACACGUUGACGACGUCCUAUAAUCGACCACCGUUGCACUGGAUCCGAGAAGUGUAUUCAACUCUGCCGUACCGAUACAAGAAGAACUUGAAGGCGUUCUACAUUGUUCAUCCCACCUUUUGGACCAAGGUGAUGACGUGGUGGUUCACGACAUUUAUGGCACCGGCGAUAAAGAAUAAAGUACACGGGCUGUCUGGAAUCGAGUACUUGUACUCGGUCAUGGAGCCGGACCAGCUGGAAAUUCCAGCUUUCAUCACGGAACACGACAUGACGAUCAACGGUAUUCGUUACUACCAACCGACGACGACUUUGUGA